GCGAAGGGAUCAGAGCAGCCGCCAGAGAGAGGGCGAUAGAGUCCACUUUCCUCCAACUGCCCUGGGUCUCCUUCCCUCACUCUCUGCUUUACCAGCACCAAGAGCCCCAAACUGAACCCAGAGCAGCUUUUUCCAUCAGUUCAGUUCCCUUCCCUCCCUCUGUAUCACACACGGCAAGGAGCGAGCCCCUUCCUCCUCUUGAUUUCCCUUCGCAUGCUCAGCCUCUUGUUUCCUUUAAAGCACUAGAAAUCCCCCCUGUCUUGCCCCCACUCCUCCAUUCAGACUGGGAUUGCCAUGGGAGUUUUGCAGAUUGCUGGAUUUUCCAUCCUUCUCUUUCUCCACCACUCUGGAAACAUUCUGGCAAAUAAAGCCAGUCAAGAUGUUGAUGAGUGUGUGGAGGGCACUGACAACUGCCACAUUGAUGCCAUCUGCCAGAACACUCCCAAGUCCUACAAGUGCAUCUGCAAAUCUGGCUACACUGGUGACGGGAAGCACUGCAAAGACGUGGAUGAGUGUGAGAGGGAGGACAACGCAGGCUGUGUCCAUGAGUGUGUCAACAUCCCCGGCAACUACCGCUGUACCUGCUACGACGGCUUCCGCCUGGCACAUGAUGGCCACAACUGCCUAGACCUGGACGAAUGCUCAGAAGGCAACGGUGGCUGCCAGCAGACCUGUGUCAAUAUGAUGGGCAGCUACGAGUGCUUCUGCAGGGAGGGCUUCUUCCUCAGUGACAAUCAACACACCUGCAUCCAGCGCCCUGAAGAAGGAAUGAACUGCAUGAACAAGAACCACGGUUGUGCCCACAUCUGCCGGGAGACUCCCAAGGGGGGCAUUGCCUGCGAGUGCCGCCCUGGCUUCGAGCUCACCAAGAACCAGCGCGACUGCAAACUGACCUGCAACUAUGGGAAUGGGGGCUGCCAGCACACCUGUGAUGACACCGAUCAGGGGCCCAAGUGUGGCUGCCACGUCAAGUUCCUGCUGCACUCGGACGGCGUGACGUGCAUCGAGACCUGUGCUGUGAACAACGGGGGCUGUGACAGCAAGUGUCACGACGCGGCCACAGGCGUCCACUGCAGCUGCCCUAUGGGCUUCAUGCUCCAGCCUGACAGGAAGACGUGCAAAGACAUUGAUGAGUGCCGGCUCAACAACGGAGGCUGUGACCAUAUCUGCAGGAACACAGUGGGCAGCUUCGAGUGCAGCUGCAGGAAGGGCUACAAGCUGCUCAUCAAUGAGAGGAACUGCCAAGACAUCGACGAGUGCUCCUUCGACCGGACCUGCGACCACCUCUGCGUCAACACCCCCGGCAGCUUCCAGUGCCUCUGCAACAAGGGCUACACGCUCUACGGGCUGACCCACUGCGGAGACAUUGAUGAAUGCAGCAUCAACCGAGGGGGCUGCAAAUUUGGCUGCAUCAACACUCCCGGCAGCUACCAGUGCACCUGUCCUGCUGGCUGCAAGCUGCACUGGAACAAGAAGGACUGCACAGAGCUGCUGAAAUGCCUGCCAGGAUCAGUGCCACCACGGGUCACCCUUACCUGCAACAAGACAGGCAAGAAGGACAGCUGUGCCCUCACCUGCGCCACCAAGGCUCGCUUUCUGCCAGAGUCUGACAGCAGCUACACGGUGAGCUGUGGGACCCCUAUCCUACGGCAGGGUGGCCAGCAGAGAACUGCCAACAGCAGCCAGCAGUGCCUCGAGACUGCUGCUGCCGCGGUCAAGCAAAAGGCUUCCUUCAAGAUCAAGGAUGCCAAGUGCCACCUGCACCCUCGGACCAAGGGGAAGCUGGAUGAGGCUGGGAAGGCUGGGACACAAGGUGGCUCGGCACCUUGCUCCGACUGCCAGGUCACCUUUGUCAACCUCAAGUGUGACUCAUCCAAGAAGGGGAAGGGCCGCCGGGCUCGCAACUCCUCCAGCAAGGAGGUGUACACGCAUCCACAUUUGGAUUUGUAGGCAGAGAUCAAGCCAGAUGAGAAUCACAGCUGCAGCCUGCACUGCCUGCGGCAGAGAGUGGAAAAGAAGCUGAAGUCUGCCAUCAAAGCCCUGAAGAAAUCCAUCAACCAGGAGCGGUUCCUGCUGCGUUUCGCGGGGCUGGAGUACGAGCUGGCCAAGAAGCUGAGCGUGGCGCCCGAGCGCCAGGAGAGCUGCGGGCCCGGCCAGCAGCGCCUGGGCAGCAAGUGUGUUAGCUGCUCGCAGGGAACCUUUUACCACGGACAGAUGGAGCAGUGCAUCCCCUGCCCCCCCGGCACCUACCAAGAGAAAGAGGGGCAACUGUCCUGCGACCUGUGUCCCCGCGGUGACGCUUUUGGACCGGUGGGAGCCACCAACAUCACUGGCUGCACGGGUCAAUGUCCCUCUGGCCAGCACUCGUCCGAUGCUUCAAGCCCCUGCCAGCUGUGUCCCGUGGGUCCUACCAGCCCGAGGUGGGGGCGAGCCCUCUGCUUCCCCUGCGGCGGGGGGCUGAGCACCCGCCAUGAAGGAGCCACCUCUUUCCAGGACUGCGACACCAAAGUGCAGUGCUCCCCUGGGCACUACUACAACACCAGCGUGCACCGCUGCAUCCGCUGCGCCCUGGGCAGCUACCAGCCCGAUUUCAGGCAGAACUUUUGCAUUGCCUGCCCUGGCAACACCACCACUGACUUUGACGGCUCCACUUCUGUGUCCCAGUGCAAAAACCGGCAGUGUGGGGGGGAGCUGGGUGAGUACACAGGGUACAUAGAGUCCCCCAACUACCCGGGCAACUACCCCGCCAACGUGGAGUGCACCUGGAACAUCAAUCCCCCACCCAAGCGCAAGAUCCUCAUCGUGGUGCCCGAGAUCUUUCUCCCCUCCGAGGAUGAGUGCGGCGACGUCUUGGUCAUGCGGAAAAACUCCUCCCCAUCUUCCAUCACCACCUACGAGACGUGCCAGACCUACGAGCGGCCCAUCGCCUUCACCGCCCGCUCGCGGAAGCUGUGGAUCAACUUCAAAACCAGCGAAGCCAACAGUGCCCGGGGCUUCCAGAUCCCCUACGUCACCUAUGAUGAGGACUACGAGCAGCUGGUGGAAGACAUCGUGAGAGACGGCAGGCUCUACGCCUCUGAAAACCAUCAGGAGAUCCUCAAGGACAAGAAGCUGAUCAAAGCUUUCUUCGACGUGCUGGCGCACCCCCAGAACUACUUCAAGUACACGGAGAAGCACAAGGAGAUGCUGCCUCGCUCCUUCAUCAAACUCCUCCGCUCCAAAGUUUCCAGCUUUCUUCGGCCUUACAAAUAGCCCCCGGGUCGCCUCGCAGCCAAGGCAGUCCCUCUUCUCCUUUCCUCCUCCUUUCGGUUUUCUCCUCCUUCCCUCGGCUCC